AACUUUCUUCCUGAUGAUAAGCAUUGAGUACGCUGAGUUUGAUUAACGACGGAGUUACCAGGAAGCUACACGGUUGGAAAAUCCCCCAUUUGUUUCAUUACGCUUCCCUUGAAUUCAAUAAGAAGAGACUGCCUUGUGGAAAUCAAACACACCGACUCGCGAUCUACAGCCGUCGACCGUCUCCCUCCAGUUCAUCGAGCUGUUAAGAUGAAACUCUUUGCUUUCGUGUGCGUAACUCUCGCGUGUGUCGCUGCGGAAGCGAACGAAGACCGCGCACCGACCGUCGGAUCGUUUGACUUCGGCAACGAGUGGGACGAUCAGACAGUCGAAGGUUGGGACGAGGAACACAAACAGGCCUGGAAGACUGGAAAUUCGCUGCUGGUACCUAACGCAGCUCUUCGUAGCCAGGCGUUUAGCUGCUCUUGUGAAAGUGGCGAAUGCCAGUGCUGUUUGGAGUUCACCCUGGUCGGGAAAACAUUCAGGGCCUGUCUGGUGGCGUAUUUCAACGAUGAUGGGAUCGGUAUUGCAGUGGUGAUCAACUCCUUUACUAUAUUUCGCCAUUCCUUCAGCGAGACGAAAAACGAACUGACGUACUGCGGGACACUCCUGGGGAGAGAAGUCUGCGCCGGGCUGACCGACAUCAGUCUGGAGACCAACUCUGUCUCAGCUCGCGGCACAGUCCGAAUUGGCGAAAUCGUCAAUGCCCAGUCCGAGCCAUUUACCCUUCCCUUCAGUGACUCAUUCAACGGGGUGCAAGGGGGAGGACACGCCCCUGCGCAUGUUGCCUUUUUGGGGUUCUUUUGUGCUUUUUUGUUUUUCUAGAUUAAUGAAGUAUUACAAACAGGAUAGUUUGACACUGAACAGCCACUGGAUCACUGAUAUAACCUCCGAUGCUUUUAGAUAAUCAGUGCUAUCAGAAAGUGGAACAUUACAAUAGCCUACAAUAGCACUUGAGCUCUUUACGGCUGUAGACCUUUAUCAUGAUGCCGCCAUUUUUGUCUUGUUCCCUGUGAACCCACUGUCAAUAGUAAGACAACUUCACAUACUGAUAAAGGUGUAACAGUUACCUGAGUUCCACCUAAAUGGAAGUCACGAGAUCAGUUUUACACAGUCACUUCAAUAUUCAUUCACCGUUGUAGACGCUCACGCAAUGUGUAAUGCUCGCGUCUAAAUUUGAAGUUACUUUUAAAAGAACCAGCUGAUUUUUGUGUCAACAGCCGAUUAGUUCGCAAUGACAAUACUUUAGUCGAGCCCAUCAGUUUAGCCUGAUAGCAGAGGGCACAGGGCCGUGUUCAUGAAUCAAUUAACACAAAUUAAUGAACAAUUAAUAAUCAAUAUGCCCCCACACGCGAACUAUUCAUGGCCGCUGGAGAAACAAAGCCCCCCUAUCCUCCCCACGCUGGCCCGAGUUAACAUGGUGCAAUCCGUUCCGCUGCACAGGCAACUGAAUUUGCAGCAUAGCUCAAUGAACACAAUUUCUCCAUUAUCUGUGCUAUUAGCCCUUUGCAUUUUUAUGGAAUGAAGUGUAAUCUGUAUGAUCAAAAAAGCCAGAGGCAUUAGUGGNAAUAUAGUUUAAUUUUCGUUUUUGCCGUAAAUAUGACGUAGUUAUACACAUGUAUUAUCACAGGUUUCAAUCAUUAAAGUUCAGAACCCCCGUUCCUUAUAA